GCGACGGGGAUGGGCAGCGAGGGGCAGCGGGGACGGGAGCCGGGACAGGGCGACCCGCAGGCCCUGCGGAGGGACUGCCAACACCGAAUCUUCGUCAACCGGAGCCUGGCGCUGGAAAAGAUCAAAUGCUUUGGCUUCGACAUGGACUACACCUUGGCCAUGUACAAGUCCCCCGACUACGAGGAGCUGGCAUUCGCCCUCCUGCUGGAGCACCUCGUCUCCAUCGGGUACCCCCCCGAGAUUCUUGCCUAUAAGUAUGACCCCACCUUCCCCACGCGGGGGUUGGUGUUCGAUGCCCUCUACGGGAACCUGCUGAAGGUGGACUCCCACGGGAACCUGCUGGUGUGCGCCCACGGCUUCCGCUUCCUCAAGGGGGCCGAAAUCCUCCACUAUUACCCCAACAAAUUCAUCCAGAGGGAUGACACGAAGCGCUUCCACAUCCUCAACACCCUCUUCAACCUCACGGAGGCCCACCUCUACGCCUGCCUCGUGGACUUCUUCACCAACUGCUCCAGAUACGUGAACUGUGACACUGGCUACAAGCACGGCAACCUCUUCAUGUCCUUCCGCAGCAUGUUCCAGGACGUGCGCGAGGCGAUGGACCAAGUCCACCUCUCGGGCUGCCUGAAGGAGAAGACCCUGGAGAACCUGGAGAAAUACGUGGUGAAGGAUCCCCGCGUGCCGCUGCUGCUGAGCCGCAUGAGGGAGGUGGGCAAAGUCUUUCUGGCCACCAACAGUGACUACAACUACACCGACGCCAUCAUGUCCUACCUGUUCGACUUCAGUGAUGGGGAUACGCCCGGGACCCUGCAGCGCCCAUGGAGAUCCUAUUUCGACCUCAUCGUGGUGGACACACGCAAGCCGCUCUUCUUUGCCGAGGGCACCGUCCUGCGCCAAGUCAACACGGACACAGGGAAACUGCGCAUCGGGACGUACACCGGCCCCCUCCAGCACUGUGCCGUCUACUCUGGCGGCUCCUCGGACAUCGUGUGUGACCUGCUGGGCGUGAAGGGCAAAGACAUCCUCUACAUGGGGGACCACAUCUUCGGGGACAUCCUCAAGUCGAAGAAGCGUCAGGGCUGGCGCACGUUCCUGGUGGUGCCUGAGCUGGCUCGGGAGCUGCAGGUCUGGACGGAGAAGAGUGAGCUCUUUGAGGAGCUGCGGAGCCUGGACCUCUUCCUGGCAGAGCUGUACCAGCACUUGGACAGCGGCAGCAGCGAGCGCCCGGACAUCAGCUCCAUCAAGCGUCAGAUCCAGAAAGUCACGCACGAGAUGGACAUGUGCUACGGGAAAAUGGGCAGCCUCUUCCGCUGUGGCUCACGCCAGACACUCUUCGCCAGCCAGCUGAUGCGCUAUGCGGACCUCUACGCUGCCUCCUUCAUCAACUUCCUCUACUACCCCUUCAGCUACCUCUUCCGGGCAUCCCCUGUCCUGAUGGCACAUGAGUCGACGGUGGAGCACAGUCACACCGGGGAGGCCGGCACAGCGCUGGCGCCCUGGCUGGCCCAGCACAGCCACCCUGGCCAGCAGGACUCCAGCGGUGAAGAGGAGGAUGACGGAGAAGCCUGAACCCCCCCCAGCCCUGCUGGCGGCUGAAUGGGCGUUUGGUGGCCCGAACCUGUGCGCCGCCUCACCCCCUCCCCAGUGCUGCAGCAAGGGAGCCCCCCCCGAGCUGCCCCGUGUCCCCACCUUCACUGUGGCCCUCAACCAGCUCGGUGCCAGCCCAGGGCCACCCGGCUAUCACCGGAACCCACCUCGCACCAACAAAACCCACCGUGCCCUGGGUGGGGGUCCCAGCGCUGGCACUGGGGGAAGCGGGUGUUGCUCAGGGGUCUCUGCUGCUCCUUGGGAACCCCUUUUCCUACUAUCACUCUCUUCUGUUUCCUACCCUUUUCUAUUUAUAAAAGAUAAACUCCUGGCAUCACAGAGACAUAAAAUUGGCAAACUGUUUCCCCCCCCACCCGGCCAAGCCUGGGAGGUGGAGGCAAAGGGCAGUUCCCAAAUCCUCAGCUGGCAGCUGGGACAAAUGAAUGCCCCUGACCAGAGCGUGGCAGCACCCAGCUGCCCCCCCCCCACUGUUCUGCACCCCAGAGGAGGGGGC